AUGGCCUCGGCGGUGUUUGAGGGCACCUCGCUCGUCAACAUGUUCGUGCGCGGCUGCUGGGUGAACGGCAUCCGCAGGCUCAUCGUCAGCCGGCGCGGGGACGAGGAGGAGUUCUUCGAGAUCCGCACCGAGUGGUCGGACCGCAGCGUCCUCUACCUGCACCGCAGCCUCGCCGACCUGGGCCGCCUGUGCAAGCGCCUCCGGGACGCCUUCCCCGAGGACCGACCGGAGCUGGCCCGCGCGCCGCUGCGCCAAGGACUGGUAGCCAUAAAGGAUGCCCAUGAUAUAGAGACCAGGCUCAACGAGGUGGAGAAGUUGCUGAAGACCAUCAUAAGCAUGCCAUGUAAGUAUUCUAGGUCAGAAGUCGUGCUCACCUUUUUUGAAAGAUCUCCUCUGGAUCAGGUGCUAAAAAAUGACAGUGUACAUAAAAUUCAACCCAGCUUUCAAAGUCCAGUGAAAAUAUCAGAGAUCAUGAGGUCCAACGGAUUUUGUUUAGCAAAUACAGAAACUAUCGUUAUCGACCACAGUGUACCUAACGGAAAAGAGCAGCACCUGGGUGUGGAUCCGACGGAGCAUUUGUUUGAGAAUGGCAGUGAGUUCACCUCCGAGCCGGAGGACGGCGAUGACCCAGCAGCUUAUGACACCAACCUGUCCUAUUACCACCUGGUCCCCUUUGAGACGGACAUUUUGGACUGA